GUAGCAGUGUCCAUAGAUAACAUAAUAGUCUGGCGCUAUGGCGCAUGCCGCAUGAUUUAAUAAUUACCUAUAUCGUGGUCUGGCGUUUGUCGCAAUGUCGCGUAGGCGCCGGCGCGCUGUUUGGCUCCUUAUGAUUGCUAUGAAUAUGAUUAAACAGUAAAUAAAUAAUAUAAUUAAUUGGUCUUGACUCUUGAAUUCAUAGUUUUAUUCAUAUUUAGUUGUCUAUUGUUCAUGGUGAGGUAAGUUAACUGUAAAUUGGUAGUAUAAUAUAUGAGCCAUAUUAUUUUUGCUCAUAUCUAGAGCUAUCGCCGUUUUUUAAAAGUUCAUUCUGAUUUCGUCCUGUGAUUACACUAAAGUUUAACAAGCAAUGGUGUUCAGCACUUCAUCUUUGAUAUUUACUACUUGGGCUACUCGACAUCAAAAUAUGUUUACAUGUGUGUCUUGCAACUGUGGUUCUGGGUUCAUUUUCAUUCUUAUUCUAGACUAAAUGAUAAUAUAGUUAUUCUGCUAUAAAUUAUUAAUUAACAUGAACUCUCAAGAUCAAAAUAAUAGUAUGAUAUUUUGUUAAAUAAAAAAGAAAAAUUAUUUAAAUUACAAAAAAAGCUGAAACUAUGUAUACGUUAGAGAUGUACAAUGCAUUAAAAAAAAAAUCAUCCAAACAUGAAAAGAAUUUUCACAAAGAUAUAAAUCAUGAUAAUAAUAUAACUUCAUUCAAAGCUAUUUUAAACCAAGAAUUUUGUGUGAAGGAUGAUAAUAAUGAUAAAUACCUUAAUAAUUUAUCCAUUGGAGACUUGAAUAAUAAAGUUAAAAAGUAUAAUACAUUGUACUUGGAAAAUAAAAUCAAUGUGUUCAAUGCAUUUGAUAUAGAUUUAAUCAGUUGUGUACAACAAAUGGUAAAGAGAUCAAAAGAGACAAAUAUUUUGGAAAUUAGUAAUACAUUUGAUGCCAUAAGUAAAGUGUACUCAUGUAGAGUUGAUGAUAUUUGGAUAACAGGUAAUAAGUUAAUUAAAGAAUUUGUGUCAGAAACAAAAAAUAAAAAGCUUGUUAAAGAAAAUGAAACCAAAACAAAACAAAAAUAUAGAAAAAAACUGAUGUUAACAACAGCAGACAAAUUAUGCUGUAAAGAAACCCAAAUGUUACCAAAAAAAAUGUAUUUAAAUGUUGAUUUUGAUAGUGAUAUGAUUGACUAUUCAAAACCUUCAAGAAUAUUGAUAAAUAAGUAUUCUAAUAAGCCCUAUUGGCCAGAAUACAAUGUUCCUAAAAAUAUUAGAGUGAAUGAAAACCAACAAGAAACAUAUGAAAUGGAAGAUGUAAGUUUUUUCAUUAAAAACGGAAAAAUUUGUCCUUCGUAUCAUAAAUUUAUAGCUGAAUGUGAUAAAAGUACAAAUUUUGAUGAUGACACUGACAUGAACAAAUUAGAUUAUAUUGUAACACAUUUUAAUCAAGAAACAUCUCAAUUUUGUGCUAACAAUUCUGAAGGAAUUGAUGAUUCAAUGGAAGUAGAUUUAAUUGAAUCAAAUUCAGGAAUAAUAGCAAGUACAGAUCCAGAAUCAUCUAAUCACAAUAACAAAACAUUUGGUAGACUAGAUAAUUUAAAUUCUUUAUCUCAGACAUUAUUAAUGGUAGAUACAACAAAUAGCAGUGAUUACACAUUCUUUAAUCGUAAAAAAAUGUGUUACUUUAAAUGUUCCAAUCACUGGAAUGAGAAAUUCAAAAUGAUGAUAACUGACAGUAAACAGAAAGCAAUGCUUAUUAAGUCACGUAUAGCUCAAACACCUCAAAUACAAUCCCAAUCUAAUGUUACUGAAUUUCAAUGUAACAAAUCAAAAGCUAUACAAUUUAAAGUUGAUUUUUAUUCAGAUAACUCUACAAUAUUGAAAAAUAUAAAAUUAAAUUCUGGUAAAAACCAAUGUAAUUAUAUUAAAUGGAAACCACGUAAUAACUUAAUGGUUUCAUCUGAUCAAUCAAAUAUUAGGCCUAUCAGACAAUUAGAAAGUUGCAAGUAUAUACAUAUAAUUCCUAAUUGGUAUAAAAAUGAAUUUGAAGAAUUAAAUUUGAAUACAAAUCCAAAUACAUUGUUCUUGUUUCCAGAACAAAAUAUUCUAAGCAACAGUUUAUUGUUGGAUGAAGUUCCAGUAGAGAAUAUAGACUAUAUUGACCAAAAUGUUAUGGAUAUCGAAUGUGAAAAUGAGGAAGAAGAAAUUACAACUGAAGAGUACCCUUUUAGUAAUUCUGGAUACAUAGAUAUGCAUAAACUUAAAAAAUAUAUUAUGAGUACUAUUAAACCAGAUGGUGAGAAAACAAUAAAUAUUUCAUUUGCAGAUUUGUUAUUAAAAUUGCCAAAAUUUUUGCCAGAAAAUAUGAAAGAGAAUAUAAGUGUAUCUGUUAUAUAUGUUGCUUUAUUGCAUUUAUGCAAUGAAUACAGUUUAAGUGUAGAAAGCAAAAAUGAUGAAAUUUUAAUCUCUCAAAGUUCUGUUAACAAUGAAGUAUUAGAAUAAGUUUUUUUUCUGUUAAAUUAAUUAUUAUUGUAUGAAAUUCAUAAUAAAACUACCACUAAUUUA